AUGUACUCGGACUCGCUCCCUGUCUAUUAUUUGACCCAGACCGCUCCCGAUGUUCCGGAACUUCCAGAUGACGCUGCCAAUGCCGAGAGAUCGGAAGAUAUCAAUGCUCAAUUUACUACCCUUUCCUUCUACAGGCCGUCGAAUGAGCAUAUCAACCUCAGCUACGGCAUCUGGGAGGAUACGUGUCUCGCCCACCUCAAGCUCCUGCAUGCCAUUCAGUCGAUGAAGGAGGAGAUUGGCUACACCGACGGAUUGUGGAAUCUCUGGGAUAGCCGCGGCAAAUGGGCAUUGGAGGAUCUUCGCGUGGAAGCCGACUGGCCAACGAUUCGGAUGCUCGAAAAGACAAACUCGGCCACUGUGACGAAAGCUGGUCAUAGCAGGUUGCGCGAGAAGAGAUGGGCGCUGUUUGUCGCGCGUGCCGUUGAUCGAUACGAGGCGUGGUGGAAUUCCCUUGUUGAGACGGAGAUGCUGACGGAGCAGGAUAUGGCAGCGCCUGAGAAUCCCAAGUAUAAGAGGUUCCCCAACGGUCACAAGCUGAGAUGGAAAGCAAAGAUGCUGCCGCCUUUAGACGUUUUGAUGGUCCUUCACACGCAUAUGCUCAAUCCGCGGGCUUUCCUUGAAGACGCCAUGCGGUAUGGACUGGCCUCAUUCUGGCCAGCCGGCAUGCCGUGGGAGUUGAUACACCGGGCCAUUGAUGCGGACUUCAACUAUAAUGUGUCUGAUCAAGCGAAGAUCCAGUGGGUUGCCAAAACAGGGCACCGCUGGCGGAAUCAAGACGACGACAUGUCCAAAAUACUCAAAUGCCCUUUCUGUCCAAGUAAAAACGAGGUUCCGUGGACGACAUGUGGGAUGAAGAAAGACAUGACAGACAUUGAAUUCACAGGCCUCAUCGGCAACGGAUACGGCGACGGCAAAUUUAACCAUAGGUGCCCUUCAUGCGGAAAUGAAAACUACAAAGAGCUUCUAUCAGUGUCGAAAUUCGUGUCCGACUCCUCACUUCUCCUAUCUCAGUCCGUGCCGAUGCCGGGAACAGUUCUUGACCCCGGUUCUGGCUGUCCUGAACUUGUACCAGAAGGCAGUGCUGGCGAAAGAUAUUUCAGAACGUUCCCCAAUCGCAUGAUCAAGCUGGAGUUACGGAGCUCAGUACUUGAGCUGAUUAAACCGCCGCUUCAGCCAUCAGAGAAGAGCGACAAAGUGAAGGAAAUGAUACAGGACGUUCUGACCAAUGUCAAGAGAAUCCGCAACGUCGAUUCAGACAGAGGCCUUUUUGGACGCAACCAAAUACACCCUUGGGCCGGCAUCACAAUCCGCAAGAUGAUGAGCCGGUACUGGCAGAACUUCUCUCCUUUUGCGCUCGAUCUCUGCGCAGCGGUGAUGCGGCAGGGCGUUUUUAUUGAGAAGAUGGUGAAUAUCGACUGGCUGCAUAGCCCAACGGCGAGGGAUACUAUGACGCGGCUCAUCGUCAAAUACGACCUCUUUGUGCAGAUUAUGCAGAAGCAUCCGGGCAAGGUGGUUGUGCCGACGCUGGAUGUCGAUUUGGCGUGGCAUACGCAUCAGCUUACGCCUUCACAUUAUUAUUACUAUACGGUUUCGAAGACGGGGCGUUUUAUCGAUCACGAUGAUAAGAUUGAUGAGGAUAAGCUCAGUCGGUGCUUUGAGUGGACGACGAAGACGUAUCAAGACAUGUUUGGGGCCGUAUACAGCGAGUGCACAUGCUGGUAUUGUGAAACGAUUCGCUCUUCACAAAUAUCGCCUAUAGGCAGACUCCUCGGCCUUUCAUCAACCGAAAAGCUAUCAGAAGCCUUUCACAAGUCUGAGGCAGCCGAAACGUGUCCACCAGACAAGUCGGCUCACAUAUCUUUCCACAACGCCGUCAAGACGAUUGAAACAGCAGGCCGGAAAAAGGUCACUGCACGUGCGCGUGCCCGCCAGCGCCAGUGGUUUGAACAAGAGUAUAAGAAAGCGGCCAAGCGGGCGGAGAAAAAGGGUCGGCCGAUGCCGCCGAGGGACGAGUAUUUUAACAAUUGGGGUGCUCGAUAUACCAUGUAUGGUCCGUACCCUUUCCCGCCGUGGUUUGCUCCGGGAAUGUACUACGGCUGGGAUCCGUCGACCGUUACCAACGGUGCAGGAGCGUGGGCGAACUGUGCUGGAGGAUCUUGCGGCAACGGAGGCAUAGCUGCUGGUUCCUGCGGCGGUGCUGGAGGAUGCAAUAAUGGCUACGGAGGGAGAUGCGGAUCGAGCGGUGCUGGAAAUGGUGCGGGAGGGGGAGGCGGCGGAGGUGGAGGGGGAUGCGGAGGGGGAGCUGGCUGUGGUAAGUGA